AUGCAAUUGAAAUUCCUAAAAACCGUCGUUGAGGCUCAGGAUAAGCUGAAUCGUGUGGCUGCUCUGUGUUGGUCAGCAAACAAUCAAAAGCUCGCCAUUGGAACGGCAGACCGCAUGAUCCUACUCUUUGACGAACAUGGAGAACGUCGUGAUAAGUUCUCCACAAAGCCAAGUGAUCCAGCAAAUGGGAAGGCAUCGUACGUAAUACGUGGUUUGGCUUUCAGCCCUGACUCCACACGCCUAGCUGUGGCUCAGAGUGAUUGCAUUGUCUUCGUGUACAAACUAGGAGAGGGUUGGAAUGAGAAGAAAGUCAUCUGCAAUAAGUUUCCACAGCCAGUGUCUGUAACAUGCCUCGUUUGGCUUACUUGCGGAACAAUUGUUGCGGGCCUUGAGGAUGGUAAAGUACGUGCCUUGCAUAGCAAGAGCAAUAAGUCUCAGAAUAUGUAUGCUGCGGAAAGCUAUACGGUGUCUGUGGUGCCUAAUCCACGUGGAACAGGCGUACUUAGUGGUCAUGAAGAUGGAUCAAUUGUACGCUUCUUUGUUGUUGAGGAAUUUGGAGAUGUUUCAGGAAGAGUUGUUCAGCACUCUGUGUCUCCGGCUGCUCUGGCUUGGACCAUAACGGGGUUCAUGGCAGCUGGAUCUGAUCGUAAAGUCACGUUCUACGAUGAUCAGGGCAAACCAAUCCGUAUUUUUGACUUCUCAAGAGACGAUUCGGAACGGGAGUUCAUGAUAGGUGCUUCUAGCCCUAAUGGACAAACCGUAGCAGUAGGAAGCUUUGAUCGGGUCAGAAUCUAUACUUGGAGCUCUAGACAAAAUACCUGGAAUGAAACUGCUGUCAAGGAAAUACGGAAUUUAUAUUCAGUAACAGCACUAGCAUGGAAGCGAGAUGGAUCUAGAUUGACGCUAGGUUCCCUCUGUGGUGCUGUACUAACCUUUGAAUCAGUUUUAAGGCGAACUGUUUGGCAGGACAAGUUUGAACUAACUUUCGUAGCACCAAGUCAGAUCCUUCUGAAAUCCCUUCAGGAUUCUUCGGAAACUUUGUCAAUUGAAUCUGACCUAGGAAUGGAGAUUGAUGAUGUACGGAUCAUGGGCAAGGAUAGCUACCUUGUAGCCAGAACCGAAGAAUCCUUGAUCCUCUGUGAUCUUACCCGGGGACUGACGAGUGAAGUAGCCUGGACUGCAUCGGGACGACAUGAAAAAUUCUACUUUGAGAAUCCUAACGUUUGUCUAGUUUUCAAUGCUGGAGAGCUUUCAUUGAUUGAGUACGGGGAUCACUACAUUCUAGGAUCCGUUCGAACGGAAUUUGUGAAUCCGCAUGUAAUAUCUGUUCGUUUGAAUGAAAGAGGAAAUUCAAGGGACAACAAAAAGUUAGCUUACUUGCUGGAUAUGAAGACAAUCUGUGUUGUGGACCUUGUUGUUCAGACUACAAUCACUCAGAUUUCGCAUGAUUCUAAAAUUGAUUGGAUCGAACUCAAUGAAACCGGGCAUAAGCUCCUCUUCCGGGACAAAAAGAUGCGACUAAUGCUCGUUGAUAUAGCCUCAAGCCGUAAGCAGACCCUUCUGGGAAAGGUUUCAUUUGUCCAAUGGGUCAUUCAGAGUGACGUUGCUGUGGCACAGAGUGACUCAAAUUUGGUUAUUUGGUACAAUAUUGAUAUGCCAGAGCAUGUGACCAUCCUGCCUAUCCGUGGAGAGGUUUUGGAUGUAAUUCGUGAGGAUGGGAAGACUGAAGUUCAUACAACUGAGGGUGCGACAAACCAUGUUUAUGCGCUGGAUGAAGGACUUGUUGAAUUUGGAACUGCAGUCAAUGAUAGCGAUUUUGGCCGGGCUGUUCUAUUCCUAGAAUCCCUAGGAGAUCGUCCAGCUGCUACCGCCAUGUGGCAUAACUUAGCUAACAUUGCGCUACGGGAGAAAAACUUGAGGGUGGCACAGCGAUGCUUUGCAGCUCUGGGAAAUGCAUCGAAAACCUUCUACCUGGCGGAAGUAAUUAAAAUUGCCGACAAAUAUGAGGAAGAGCAUCAACCAGGCUCUGGGCUCGAGUGUGCCGAAGUGCAAGCACGUUUGGCACUUCUAAAUGCAGAUUUGAGGACAGCUGAGAGAAUUUAUCUCGAACAGGGGGACAUUGAGUCCGCACUGGAUAUGUACAAAAAGCUGGGAAGGUGGACGGAUGCUAUAAAACUAGCCGAGAGAAGAGGAUAUCAUGGCCUUAAGGAGCUUGAAGAAGCACAAAUGGCUUAUCUUCUCAAUUCUGGACAAGAAGAAGAAGCUGGAAAAGUUUUAGAAGAUCGAGGGGAUUGCGACAAAGCCAUGACGCUCUAUUUGAAAGCAAAAAAGCCCGCCAAAGCUGCAAGGUUAGCCCUGAAGCGGACGUAUUUGCUCCAAAAUGAAGAACUGAUGUCUCGCGUGUCGGCUUCUCUUGUAAAAUCAGAACUCUAUGAACUAGCAGGAGAUCUAGCACACAAAAUGGACAAAGCAGAUGUUGCCUUGAGUAUGUACAAGAAAGCAGGAGCUUAUGCAAGGGCUAUAGAUUUAGCACGAUACGUUGCUCCGGAUGAUGUAACAAACUUGGAAGAGAACUGGGGUGAUUGGUUAGUGUCUAAGCGUCAGAUGGAUGCUUCAAUUAGUCACUACAUCGAAGCAGGAGCUACACUGAAAGCUCUAGAGGCAGCUGUUGCAGCAAAACAAUGGCGGAAGGCCGUUCAAAUAGCUAAAGUCCUUGACGAUCCAGUUGAGAUCAAAAAGUACGCUCUGGAACUCUCAACGCAUCUUGCCAAUGCAGGAGAUAUCUCUGGAGCUGAAGGACUCCUGGUAAGAGCAGAACUCUAUAAGGAAGCUGUUGAAUUUCUAAACAAACACGGGAAAUGGGAGGAAGCCUACGAGAUAGCUGAAAAGUACCUAGAUCAACAGGAAGCAAAGAAGAUGUUUGUAGACUUAUCAGUUAAGCUUGAGGAAGAAGGAAAGUUUAAAGAUGCCGAAAAAGUCUUGGUUGCCAUUGAAGAGCCUGACCUUGCUAUUGCUAUGUACAAGAGGUUGGAGCACUACGAUGCAAUGAUUAGGCUCGUUGAGCGAUACCAUAGGGAUCUUCUGGAGAACACGCAUCUUCAUCUGGCAAGGCAGCUUGAAUCCAAGAACAGGCACAAACAAGCCGAAGUUCAUUUUCUAGCAGGAGGAGACUGGAAGUCCGUUGUUCACAUGUACUGCACAGCCAAUAAGUGGGAGGAUGCCUAUAGAGUGGCAAAGCAAAAAGGUGGAGAAGGAGCUUCCAAUCAAGUUGCCUUUAUGUGGGCUAAAUCUCUACCCAUAGAAGGUGCUGCUAGGCUCCUGACAAAGAUGGGUCUCCUAGACAGUGCUCUACAGUUCUCCUGUGAAGCUGGUCAAUUUGACUUUGCUCUGGAGCUUUGUCGGAUUACUGGGAAAUCCAGUGAAGAAAUUCACCUUCGCAUGGCAAUGGCGCUUGAGGAUGAAGGAAAAUUCCAUGAAGCUGAGAAGGAAUUUAUUUUAGCCCAGAAACCUCGAGAGGCCAUUCUGAUGUACAGUCAUAGUGGAGAUUGGAAGAGUGCUCUACAAGUUGCUGAAAACUACGUGCCGGAAGCUGUUAAUGAAGUCCUAACGAAUCAAGCAGCAGCUGCGCUUGAUGCAAGAAACUACACCGAGUACGAAGCCUUGAUGAUCAGAGCUGAACGGCCUGAUUUAGUUCUUCAGCAUUACAAGGAGUAUGGGAUGUGGAUUGAUGCUCUAAGAAUCGCCAAGGAGUAUCUUCCAGCUGCUGUGAAUGAGAUUCAGCAGUUGCAGCAAAAGGAAGCAAGAGCCUCGUCGUCGGCUGACUCCAAAGCUCUUCUAGCUCGUGCCACGGAACAUGCUAGGAAUGAGGAGUUCAGGAAAGCCGCAGACUGCCUGCUUGAGAUAAAUGCAUCCAAUGCAGAUCGCGUAACUGAGGAACGUGCCAUUAUCCGUGCAGCCGAAAUUUGCAAUCAAUUUCUCGAGGGAAGUGAUGCCGUUGAAGUUGCUCGUGAAUUAGGACCCAGAUUGGUUGAGCACGGUCAAAUAGGUCCAGCAGCUCAGCUCUAUCUUGCCGCUGAGAUGCCCAAGGAGGCAGUUGAUGUUUUCAUUCAGAGCGAAAAUUGGGCCAAAGCCCGACGACUGGCUAAAGAAAUUGAUUCUCAACUUGUUACCUACGUUGAGCAGCAGCAGAAAAGCCGACUAAAGAAUGAUGGAAAUGUUGAGCAGCUGGCUGAUAUUGACAUAAAUGGAGCCUUAGACCUACUUGCUGAACAAGGACAGUGGACGCGAUGCAUUGAAAAGGCAAAGCAGCACAGCAGUCCUAUCCUCCAGAAGUACUUGGCUCUGUAUGCAGCUCAGUUAAUCCGCGAUGGAGACUGUACGGCUGCCCUCAAUCUCUACCUAAGUCACGGUGUUACAGCCAAUGCUCAGAAUUUCAACAUCUACAACCGCAUUGCCGUUGAAUGUCUUGGUUUACGUGAACCAGACGGACAAUCCGUUUGGAAGAACCUUCGAACCUUCCUCCAUCAGCUGAUACAAGUUCUACGUGCAACAGAUGGAACGGAACCAGAUGUUCUCGACAGAUUCGACUUACUCCUCCUAAUUGCUCACUACUAUGCUACAAGAGCAGCCUGCAGACAAGUCCCAGCCCUACAAUCCUUAGGAGUUAGGAUUUCAACAGCUCUACUACGCUACACAGAAAUCAUUCCCGUUGACAAAGGUUUCUACGAGGCAGGCAUGGAUCUACGGGGAAUGGGUAGAGAAUCCGAAGCUUUUGUCAUCCUAAAUCACUAUUUGGACGUUUGUGAGGCAAUUGAGGAGGGUUCAGGGAAUCUAGUUGAUCACUCAGAUCUCGCUGCAACGGACUUUCCCAGCUCAGUACCAAUCCCAGCGGAUUUGCACCUGAAGAAUGAGCUACAACUGCACGAAGAGGUGCGAGAAUGGGUUCUGGCUGUUAGUAUGGAUCAACGAGUGGAUCAGUCAUUGCCAACAGACGAUCGGAACCUUUAUGAAUCAAGCCUAGGUCUUUCCGAUCAACCGUGCAUUGUAUCUGGGUAUCCGGUCAUAACGAGGCAACCUAUUAUUUUUCAAAGAAGCCAUCGAAUGGCAAACAGGGACGCCUGGAGUAAACUCACCGUGGCAGCUAAGAUGGCACCGCACUCCGAUAUCCCGAGCUUGAUUGAAUUCGUUGAAAACUGGUGCGGUCCGGCUAAUUUUAUAUCUAACUAAACUUAUUUUUGGGGUUUGAUGUUGAACCUAUUAGGCACUGUAGAUCCAUAGAUCUAGCAUAUUUUAUUCACUAUCUUCACUGUAUUUAAGGCUUCAACAGAUGGACGAGAAAUGUCUAUUAAAAUGCGGCUCAACGAGGUUUUUGUGUCUGAUCAUUUGAACCGAAAGCGAUCUGAAGUGUCAAAACUAAGAGAAACAACUUCGUGUCGCUUCGGAAUUAUCCGAAUUUGGCACGAAAACUCGCCAUGCCGAUUGCAUGAGAAAUUUUUUAUUCAUCGCUAAAAGAAAAUUCAAGUCUUUAGAGAUUUUUUUAUCCACUUAAUCUAAUCUAUUCACGGAAAUUGUAAGAAAAUCAAAUUAUUAGUGGAAGAAUCGACCCUAAAGUUUCCAGCUGGGUAAAAGUCAAAUGAUAGUUGUCUCAUCAAUUUAUUACACCAUCGUGUAUAAAAAGAAUUUUCUUAGACGUCUUGAGGCGUCCAAUGUCCUGAAAUAUCUUAAUUAUUUUUUUUUUAAAUAAAACAAAUCAUUCCAUGUAUAUACUAAUUUAUUUUUUUUUCUAAAUUUCUUACAAUUUCCCGAAGUGUUCCCACUUCACUUUUACAGCAAUAAAACUGAACAAAUUAUUUGAAACUUUAUUUCCGUUUAUUCACUUUUUCCUUCGUUUUUAUCCACUUGAUUGGUCAGAAUAUUUGUUCUUUAUAAUAUUUUUCUUCGUCAGAAUAUUCAAAAAAAAAUCUCACAGUGAUAACACACGGUGUUCUUCUGAUUUUAACAUAGAUUCUCUGUAAUUAAUUUCAAAUGUUUUGCAUUAAACCACAAAAAUGAUUAA